AUGGUACCAGCUCCGCCCCCUGUUGAUAUUCCCAGGUCUUACGAGACUCUCCCUCUCACCGAUGUCAAGGUCUCGCAUCAUCCGGAGGGUGUUCCGGUAGCAACUCCCGUAGUAGUGGUGACGCUGAACCGACCAGACAAGAACAAUGCGUUUUCCACACAUCUUAUGGACGCCUUUGGGAAGCUCUACCCCUUGUUUGACGUGGACGAACGCGUCAAGGUCGUCGUGUUGACCGCAACAGGGAAGAUCUUCUGCGCUGGCGCCGACCUGAAGGAGCCAUUCAAACCGGCCAAGGAGCGACCGCUUGACUUUCGCGACCCUGGCGGUUGCAUGGCCCUCGCCAUCUACAGAUGCCGCAAGCCCACCAUCGCCGCCCUCCAAGGCUCCGCCGUCGGCAUGGGCAUCGCCAUAACCCUUCCCUGCGCAAUUCGAAUAGCAUGCGAACAAGCCAAGUACGGGUUCGUCUUUGCCCGUCGUGGAUUAACCCUAGAGUCUAGUUCAUCGUUCUUCCUCCCCCGUCUGAUCGGAUACUCGCACGCAAUGUACUUGUUAACCACCGGCCAUGUCUUACCGCCCACGUCGCCACAUUUUGGGUCGCUAUUUGCGAAGUCUCGACCGGAUCCUGUGCAGGUGCUCUCCCGUGCCUUGGAAUUGGCGACUGAGAUUGCGGAGAACGUUAGUUUGCUUGCGUGGCAUUUGAAUCAUGCUUUGAUGUGGCGUAAUCCGGGGACGGCGGAGGGUGCACAUAUUGUUGAUUCGACGGUGAUCUAUCAUAUGUUUGAUGGGAGGGAUAUGCAAGAAGGGACCAAGUCUUUCCUAGAAAAGCGAAAGCCACAUUUCACUGCGACGCUGGAAGAUGCGCCACCGAAUUACCCGUGGUGGAUUGGAAUUGAUACUGGUAGGAGAGUCCGGACCACAAAACUGUGA